AGGAGCAGCAGUCACUCAGUCACUCAGGAGCGGAGCAGCAGAGCGCGCGACGAGGAAACCUCCUCACACUUAAGUUAACCAUUCCGCCGGAGCUUUGAUUAUAGACAUUUGUAUUAUGUCAGCAUAUACAUACACAUAUAUGUAUAGAAUCGGAAGUAAGAGGUAAAAAAAACAACAACAACAACAACAACAACCCACCAGCGCGCUGAAGAAAAAAGCACGGGCUUUCCUUCAUUUCUUGACAUUUCGGAAACUAAGCGAGGAGUCCGUCCACUCCCCGAGCGCAGGACCUGCAUCGUGGCUCUCUCAGAAGUGGCAUGUUCCAGGGAGACUGCGGACAAUAUUGAACUCCUGCUUUCACCCAAAGAGGAUUCAAUGAAAAUGUCCGUGUGUGUCCAUGAGAACCGGAAAUCUAGAGCCAGCACUGGCUCUAUGAACAUCUACCUGUUCCACAAGUCCUCCUAUGCCGACAGUGUCCUCAUGCACCUCAACUCACUGAGGCAGCAAAGGCUUUUCACAGAUGUCCUGCUUCAUGCCGGCAGCCGCUCCUUCCCUUGCCACCGUGCCGUGCUGGCUGCCUGCAGCCGCUACUUUGAGGCCAUGUUCAGUGGUGGACUGAGGGAGAGCCAGGCCAGCGAGGUCAACUUCCAUGACUCCAUCCACCCGGAGGUUUUAGAGCUCCUGCUGGAUUAUGCGUACUCAUCACGUGUGGUCAUCAAUGAGGAGAACGCAGAGUCACUGCUGGAAGCCGGGGACAUGUUGGAGUUUCAGGAUAUCCGUGAUGCGUGUGCUGAAUUCCUAGAGAGAAACCUUCACCCGUCUAACUGUCUUGGCAUGCUGUUGCUGUCUGAUGCCCAUCAGUGUACCAAGCUGUCAGAGCUCUCCUGGGGCAUGUGCCUCAGCAACUUCCCUGCUAUUUGCAAGACAGAGGACUUCCUCCAAUUGCCCAAAGAUAUGGUGGUGCAGCUUUUGUCACACGAGGAGCUGGAGACCGAGGAUGAGAGACUGGUUUAUGAAGCUGCCCUUAACUGGAUCAACUAUGACCUAGAAAGGAGGCACAACCACCUUCCAGAGCUUCUGAGAACGGUCCGCCUUGCUCUGCUGCCUGCCAUCUUUCUGAUGGAGAACGUUUCAACAGAAGAGUUGAUCAAUGCCCAGGCCAAGAGCAAGGAGCUGGUUGACGAAGCUAUCCGCUGUAAGCUGAAGAUCCUGCAGAAUGAUGGGGUUGUUAACAGCCCAUGUGCUCGACCAAGAAAAACCAGCCAUGCUCUGUUUCUUCUAGGAGGGCAGACUUUCAUGUGUGACAAGUUGUACCUGGUAGACCAGAAGGCCAAAGAGAUUAUCCCCAAAGCUGACAUACCCAGCCCGAGGAAGGAGUUCAGUGCCUGUGCCAUAGGCUGUAAGGUCUACAUCACCGGUGGAAGAGGCUCAGAGAACGGUGUGUCUAAAGAUGUUUGGGUCUACGACACUGUCCAAGAGGAAUGGUCCAAAGCAGCGCCAAUGCUCAUCGCCAGGUUUGGCCAUGGCUCUGCAGAGCUAAAACACUGCCUCUACGUGGUAGGAGGUCACACUGCAGCGACUGGCUGCCUCCCAGCAUCACCAUCGGUGUCACUCAAACAGGUGGAGCAGUUUGACCCAGUAGCAAACAAGUGGACCAUGGUGGCUCCUUUGAGAGAAGGCGUGAGCAACGCCGCAGUGGUCAGCGUCAAGCUCAAGCUGUUCGCCUUUGGAGGAACCAGUGUCACCCACGACAAGCUGCCCAAGGUGCAGUGCUACGAUCCGCAGGAGAACCGAUGGACUGUGCCUGCGUCCUGCCCACAACCAUGGCGUUACACAGCUGCCGCUGUGCUGGGAAACCAGAUCUUUGUCAUGGGUGGGGAUACAGAGUUCUCAGCAUGCUCGGCUUAUAAAUUCAGCAGCGAGAGCUAUCAGUGGACUAAAGUGGGCGACGUGACAGCCAAACGGAUGAGCUGCCAGGCUGUAGCGUCUGGGAACAAACUGUAUGUGGUGGGUGGAUACUUUGGCACACAACGAUGUAAAACUCUGGACUGCUAUGACCCAACGUUGGAUGCCUGGAACAGCAUCACUACUGUGCCGUACUCGCUCAUUCCCACUGCUUUCGUCAGCACCUGGAAACAUCUGCCUGCUUGAGCCACAAACUCUCAGCCUACACCAUUUUCAUAAGAUGUACCCAUUUUGCAUCAUCCACUGGACUCCAACUGUGAAGAAGCACACAUCCUCUUCCUCUGAAAGAGACAUUUGAGCAGUGAUGUACAGACCCACCUACGUUCAUUUCUGAUGCUGCGGCGACGCAGGGAGCAGAGCUGGACACUUCACCCGAAUGAUGUCAUGUCUUUUUACUGAGAGGGAAGAUGGGACAUACUGUACAGAAACUCAUGCAAACAAACCAAACCAACUGCUGCUUGUUAUGUGAGGCGCAAACCUUGUCUACAUCUCCAGCAUAUCUGGCUUUCAUGCUGCCAUAUGAGGACUGCAAACGUUGUACGCAACUUGCAUUUUCCCCAUUGUAGUCAUGGCAGGCUUGUGAGGCUCUGUAUUAAUGCCUUUAUCCUCUAUGAUAAUAAUAGAAAAAAAAGCUUUUUCUUAUGGCGACUGCGAUGUAGAGCAUGAUGAAUGUCCCAUUUUGAUUGAGAGAGGGAGAACGCAGUGAUUGGUGUGCCAAAGAACAGGACGAAAACUCAGUUUUUACUGAAUACAGCUGAUCCACAAAGGCACAAUGAAGGAGCAAAUAUCCCCGUCUGUCCUCUAAUAAGCUUUUUUGAUUGACGUUUUCUUUCUUUUUCUUUUGUUUCUUUUCCUGCAAAUGCGUGCUUGUUUACAGCUCAUGCACAGAAGCAAAAGCUCUUGAGUGUUCCUCUCAUGAAGGCUUUGGCCGUUUGCUGUCACUGCAAGCCGCGAGGUGUUGACGACCAACACCAGCUGAAGUUGAGGAGGACGGAGGGAAACUGUCGCACGGAUUGGUGUGAGAUGACGUGGGGGGUAGAGGGGGCCAAUGUGCCUGAAGGGUUGGGUCAUGACCUUACAGGUUUGCUGUUUUGCAGCCACACAUUAACCUCUACUGAGUGUUUGGCGAAUGAAGCUACUGUACACAGGGGGCAGUUUCCCGUGUUUGGAUUCACUCACUGUUAAAUUCAGCUGUAUAUUUAACGCUGCACAAGAGUGCGUCUGUUCUUCACAUCGAAGCAGCGGCUCGCUUGCUGAGUCAUAGGUAAAGCCUUUAUUUCGAGCAUGUCCACUCAUUGUGAUUCUGGCAUGAACUCUUCUCUAUGGUCACAGAAAUCUUGUCACCUUAAUCUUUAACUGAGAACUAAACAUUUACUUUUUAAACUCGCUGCAAUGUAGUCUUAAUUUAUAUGAAGAUUACGCUCUUGUGUAUGUUUAAUCCUAUUUAUUUCCUCUCUGCCUGCAUUCAUACGUGAAUGUACUAUAUGUAUGGGUUUUGUCAUGCAUGGACAUGUCGGUUUUUUUUAGUUUUUUUUUUUACCUCAGUUGUGCUACAUUUUGCACAGUUCAGUCUUUCCCAGGAGAAACAACAAGUGCAGCUUGUCAGAGAAUAGAUGGAAGAGGAAGAAAUGCUCUGAUGAUGUAAAACAGUGGAGGCCACAUGGUCACUGCCCAAAGAAGUACUGGGUUAAAAGAAAUGAGUCAUUUUCCUCUUCUUUUCUUUAAUGUGACCCGGGUCAGAACCUAUGGCUACAUCCAUACUACUCUGUUGACUUUUGAAAAUGCAUCUCUUACCCUCUGGACACACUUGCUGUCCACAUUAACCUGGUGUUUCAGAGGCCCCCCAAAAUGAAAAAUACUGCCGGCUCCAUUCAUUCAUAUGUGUCAUGUUUUAUUAUCUAUAUUCCUCUAGAUGGGAUUGUAAUUUACAAAUGUGACAUCAUGUGCUGUUGAAGAAGACCUGAAUCUAGUGGCUCAACCAUUAAAUUUGAAGUCGGCUCAUUUUAUCACAGAUUUCCGUUCAAAUGGAGUUCUUUUUGCAACCAGCAAAGUCGCUAGAUGACAAUUUCCACAGUUAUCCACAUUCACUUCCUGAACGCUUCUUAUUAGCCCCCCGACUUGCCUAUCCUUUUGACGUCAGCAUGCACAUGCCCAGUGAUGUGAGGCGUCUCCUUAUGGACACUGUGAAAUGAAAACUUAGUUGUAUGGAUGUAGCCUGACUUGCCUGUUGGGGCCCAAACGGUUCCGUCCAAACAGGAAGUUGCUGUGUAACUGAUCACGCGGCGGGAACAGUGCGGUAUGUGACUCAGUAACUAUCGGGAACAUCAGAGAGUGACCCUGACACGGUUAGGAAUGCAGUGGCGGUCUGUGCAGCUGUCCUUUGGGGACAGCUGGAGGAGACUGCCACAUGCUAAUUUGACUCUUUAGGGUGUUAAGCCUCCGUUGUUUUCGCCGUUUAGCGAAGAAGGACUUGAACCCAGCAAACUGUGCAUUGAUAAGGGCAGACACCGCAGUGCUUUUCAUCACAUGAAAAAAUAAAAGGGAAAAAAAAAACUGCAAGUUCUUAAAGAACAAAAAUCAAGAAGAUCCAUAAAAACUCUUGGUAACUCUAAUCAGUGUUUUUGUCUCUAUUUGUGACUUCAUGUGACCUGAACAUUGAACAUUUUACAAUUGAAUAUUAAUGGAUUCAUUGAAUUUCAAUGUAAGCGGUAAUGCUUCAGUGCAAUGUGUGUCUUCAUUUAUGUCCUUCCUUGUGGCGUCAAAUCAAAUCUGAUCCUUGGAAAUUCCUGCUCAGCCCCUUUAAAGCCACCCAAGAGUCCAUCCUGUUAAAUAGCAGUUGGUGGACUUCUGCGGAGACCUUUGUGCCUCCAUAUUGUUGACCUCCUCCAACCAUUGAACGCAGAGCCUCGGGCUCCUCCAAUCAGAUAAGAGCAUUUCUUUCCCAUUGAGCACGAGUUACCCUGACAACAGUGAGUAAUGAAUGCCCCUUCAAUUCCCUUCUAAUUGCCGAGUGGCAUUUCCCAUUUCUACUCUUGCCCUUGUCUUAUUCUCUGUUUUUAUCUGGAAAUCCAGCUGGCUCACGCUGGAGCACAGUAUCAUACUUCAUGUAAUGACGUAAAUGAGACAACGCCACUGUCUGUGUGCAUCUCUCCUCGUUUCCUUUUUUUUGUCAUGUAAGAGUUUAAUUUCUAUUUUUAAUGGCAUUAUUUUGUACAUGUGAUUUUUUUCACAAUGUGAAAUUCAUGGCUAAUAAACAUAAGAGUUUU